CACUUUCAUUUUCAGUUUGACUGUCAGCCUCAACACAAUGUAACAUUAAAGGCGGGGUAACCGAUUUCCGAAUUACGCGUUUAGACAACCGAGUCGGGCCAGUACCAAAACAACCUUGUAGCCAAUCAGCAGUAAGGUGCACAGGACGGACAUUAGCCGAGCGCUGACGAAAGCGAAAGAUGGGGGUAGGGGUGUGUUUGUUUUGGUGAUUUGAACAUCAACAACGGCUAAAAGAAAUCGGACACCCCGCCUUUAAAAUACGCAUCACUUUCUCGUUCAAAGAACGAGUCCUGUGCUAGAACAAAAUGCAGGCUUUUAUGCUAAUCGUUGCUUUUGCUGAAAUCAUCCUUGGUGCAGACGAACAUGCAUUUCAGCAGUUCAUUGAGUGCUCCUUUAACAAUGAAGGUCAAGUUGAUCGUUUAUGGAAAUAUGGGUAUGAUGGCAAAGACAUGAUGCAUAUUGAUUUAGUAAACCAGGCUGUCGUUGCUACCAGUGAACCCGGUGAACGUUUAGCAGAGGAGAGACAAAGCAAAGAAUACAUUAAGAGAAAAGAAGAUAAACUAAAGAUGGUGUGCUCUGCUGUGAAAACCGUUUUCCUGCUGUCCAACAACUCUCUGUCCAAGGCAGUCAAACCAGACGUGUUUCUGUCUUCUGGUGGAAAGAAAGAAGAAGAAUAUCUAAAAUGUGCUGUGCGUGGCUUCUAUCCAAAUGUCAUUCGAGUGCGUUGGACCCAGACAGGAAGACCAAUUUAUUAUGGUGUAUCAACAACCAGAAUACUCCCUCACAGAGAUGGCAGAUUCCAGAUAACCUCCUAUCUUAGCCUCCGUAACAUUAGUGCCCAUGGCGUUACCUGUGAGAUUGAACACUUAAGCAUCAAUGAGAAACUGAGAAUAAUUUAUGAGAAGAAAUCACGGUUUCUGUCAGCAUUCACAGAACCUGUAUUUUUGGCAGCGGUUGUCUUUCUGCUCGGGUUUGUAUUAUCAGUGUGUUUAACUCUAUCAGUUAGUUGGAUAUGGGAACACAAAAGAAAACCACAUCAAGAUGACUCCCAUGACACGAGUGCUGAUUCAGACACAUCUAUGAAUUUGAUGAAUGUCUUACAGGAAACAUGAAGGCCAGUCUGAGUUUGAGUGUGGACCAAAUAUGAUUUAACUUAACUUUAUUUAACUAGUAAAAUCUCUUUUAAAAAUACACACAUAAUGUUGUAGUCUGUAUAAUUCUAAUAUUCUAAUAACCAUAACAUUGUUAUGGGAAAAUAAUUGUGUUCCUGAGCUAAUGUCAUCUAAAUUUGCUUACUUUUCCUAAUUGUAAUAAUUUACUCAAAAUAAACUGUUUAUAACAAGUACUACAGUGAACUGUAAUUAAUCUAUGAAUAUAAAAAUACUUAACGAUUUUUUCUUGUUUUUAUAUUUUCUGAAUGUAUAUAAAUAGGUUAAUAAUGAACUUCACACCACAGCAUUGCCAUAUAAUAUAAGUCUAUGUGAUAAGAAUAAAAGUUGAUUUUGGCAACUCUGUAAUACCUCAACAACAAGUUUAGCUAUCCAACGUAACUAUUAAUUAAAUAUAAAAUGAUUCAAUGAAAAAUACAGUUACGCAGAACAAUAAAAAUACACAUCAUCCAUAUAUCUAAAUAGUGCG